AUGCCUUUCACCGCUUCUGACAUCUGCAAGAUCAUCUUCGCCAUCAUCCUGCCUCCUCUGGGUGUCUUCCUGGAGCGCGGAUGUGGUGCUGACCUCCUGAUCAACAUCUGUUUAACCAUCCUGGGAUGGAUCCCUGGUAUCAUCCACGCCAUCUACAUCAUCUUCAAAUACUAG